AUGUUUGUGAUCCCGCUGGUCUCUGGGUGUGAGGUCUGCCUGGUUGGUGAGGAGCUGGCUUGGAUGGGUGCCCAUGAUAAAAAGAGACUACUAAUCAGGAUCCAGGACUUGGGACACCAGCACCGGGACCAGAACCGUUGUUCCUCUGGGCCAUACCCCUCCCUGUCCACCAGCCUGCCCAUGGAGAAGUUCAGUCAGGGGCCUUGCCAGGCUGCUGAAGGCCCAGAUGAAUCACCAAAAGAAAGUGGUGAACCCCCUGGAACUGCUGGAGCUUACGGCACAACUGGGGUUUUGGCCAUCCAGUCACCACCUCCACUUUGCAAGGCUGCAUGUCAAGUUGGCUAUUUAAACCAGUGUAAAGCAACCAUUCAGAGCUUCAGAGUGCUGGGAGGCACCAAGACUACCAUGCAGAUCACUUCAAGUCUGGUGUUAUUUGUAUCAGUGCUAUGGAUGACUGCGUUCAACCCUGCAGGAUCUAAAGCAAGCCCAUUCAGCUGCAGGGUGUGGGCUGAGCCUCAGAUGCCUGAUUUUUCAAUGAAUGGAGAUUUUAUCAUUGGAGGGAUCUUCUCUAUUCAUUCCUAUAUGAAAUCAGAGCAGAACACUUAUACCACGAUGCCACCACAGCCACAGUGCACUGGGAGCAUGGAAUUCAGGCAGCUGCACUUAGCCCGAGCCUUGGAAUUUACCAUCAACGAGAUCAACAACAGAACCGAUCUUCUGCCAGGCAUCAAGUUAGGCUACCAGAUAUAUGACUCGUGCUCUGCAGUGCCGAUGUCAGUCAAAGCUGCAUUUCAGUUUAUAAAUGGCUUGGACCCCGUUAUCAACGACACUGAUGCCUGUUUAAAACAUGCAGCUGCUGCUGUACCUGCUAUCAUAGGAGAAUCUUCUUCGACCCCGUCAAUUGCCAUGGCCAGAAUGCUCGGUCUAUUUGGAAUUGCAGAGGUGAGUCAUUCAGCAACCUGCGCGUGUCUGAGCGAAAAGAGUCAGUUUCCAGCGUUCUUUAGGACUGUACCUAGUGACCACCACCAAGCAGCCGCACUGGCGAGAAUUGUUAAAUAUUUCGGCUGGACAUGGAUUGGAGCAGUGCGCAGCGACACGGACUACGGAAACUAUGGGAUGGCAACGUUCUUGAAGGCUGCGCAAGAGGAGGGGAUCUGUGUAGAGUACUCCGAGGCCUAUUUAAGGACACAACCGCGCAGUAAACUGGAGAGAGUGGCAAACAUCAUCCGCAGAUCCACGGCUCGCGUAAUAGUUGCGUUUCUAACAGCAGGCGAAAUGAAAUUUCUCUUGGAAGAACUGGCACGACAGCCACUGCCUCCACUUCAGUGGAUAGCGAGCGAGGCAUGGAUCACACAUCCAGAUAUUCUACGGUUUAACAUAUGCGCUGGUGCAAUAGGUUUUGGAAUCCCUCGGUCAGUUAUCCCAGGUCUUCGUGAGUUUCUUCUAGACCUUUCUCCAGCUCAAGCCUCAACAUCGCCCAUAUUAACGGAAUUUUGGGAGAGCUCAUUCAGCUGUAACCUAAAAGGGCGGACAGACUCCUCAAAGUUCCAGCGGGAAUGUGACGGUAGUGAAGACAUCCACGCUCUACAGAAUCUAUAUACGGAUACGUCUCAGCUGCGCAACACUAAUUUAGUAUACAAAGCUACAUAUGCAAUAGCACAAGCUAUUCAUGGUGUAAUUUGUAAUGACACGCAAUGCGACAAACCGAAUAAGUUGGCAUCAUGGCAGAUACUUGACCAGCUUAAGAGAGUGAACUUCACCACAAAGAAUGGUUAUCAGGUCAACUUCGAUUCCAAUGGAGAUCCUGUAGCUGCGUAUGAGCUCACAAACUUGCAGUUUAAGAAAGAUGGCACUUUAGAUUUUGUGCCAGUGGGCUACUAUGACUCAUUCAAACCAAGACAACAGGAGUUCAGAAUGAUCAGUGAUAUCCACUGGGUGGGAGGACAUACAGAGGUGCCAGUGUCUGUGUGCAGUGAGAGCUGUCCUCCAGGCACCAGGAAGGCUGUGCAGAAGGGAAGGCCUGUCUGCUGCUAUGACUGUAUACCAUGUGCAGAGGGAGAGAUCAGUAACAAGACAGAUUCUCUGGACUGUGUUCACUGCCCUCCUGAAUUCUGGCCUAAUGCCAAACAAGACGUCUGUCUCCCCAAGCCUAUUGAGUUCCUCUCCUGGGAUGACACUCUAGCCAUCAUUCUGACAGUGUUCUCCAUCACCGGGGCCUUCAUGUCUGUGUGCAUAGCUGCUGUCUUCUACAAACACAGGGCGUCUCCCAUCGUCCGAGCCAACAACUCAGAGCUGAGCUUCCUGCUGCUCUUCUCGCUGACUCUGUGUUUCCUCUGUUCACUUACUUUCAUUGGUCGGCCCUCUGAGUGGUCCUGUAUGCUGCGUCACACAGCAUUUGGGAUCACCUUUGUCCUCUGCAUCUCCUGUGUUCUGGGGAAAACAAUAGUGGUGUUAAUGGCCUUCAGGGCUACACUUCCAGGCAGUAAUGUCAUGAAAUGGUUUGGGCCUCCACAGCAGAGACUUAGUGUUCUUACCUUCACUCUAAAACAGGCCAUAAUUUGUGUGAUUUGGUUAAAAGUAUCUCCUCCUUUCCCUUUCAAAAAUGUAAAGCACUGUAAAGACAAAAUCAUUCUUGAAUGUAAUUUGGGAUCAAGCAUAGGUUUUUGGGCUGUGCUGGGUUAUAUUGGAUGUUUGGCUUGUCUGUGUUUUAUUUUGGCCUUUCUAGCACGGAAGUUGCCUGAUAACUUUAAUGAAGCCAAAUUCAUCACAUUCAGCAUGCUCAUAUUCUGUGCAGUUUGGAUCACCUUUAUUCCAGCUUAUGUCAGCUCUCCUGGAAAAUACACUGUAGCUGUGGAGAUAUUUGCUAUUUUGACUUCAAGCUUUGGUUUGAUUAUUUGUAUUUUUGCUCCAAAAUGUUUCAUAAUUGUUUUUAGACCAACAAAGAAUACCAAGAAACACCUUAUGGGGAAAGUACCCUUAAAAGCUCUCUGA